AUGAGCUCACCAACCACCACCACCACCGAGGAGAUCGUCUUCAUUUUAUUUCGAUCAUCAAUUAACUUGCAGAUCCUUUCAUCGCGUUCAUUCUUAGAAGAAAAAGAUAUGGCUGAUCAAAAGCUAACAAGAAUAGGCCUUGCUGGUCUUGCUGUUAUGGGUCAAAACCUUGCCCUCAACAUCGCAGAAAAAGGGUUCCCAAUUUCUGUUUACAAUCGUAGUACAAACAAAGUUGAUGAAACUGUUGAGCGAGCUAAAAAAGAAGGCAACCUUCCACUUUACGGAUUCCAUGACCCCGAAUCAUUUGUCAAUUCCAUCCAAAAACCUCGUGUGAUCAUCAUGCUGGUCAAAGCCGGUGCCCCUGUUGACCAAACAAUCAAAACCUUAUCUCAAUACUUGGAAAAAGGCGAUUGCAUCAUCGAUGGUGGCAACGAAUGGUACGAAAACACCGAAAGAAGAGAAAAAGCCAUGGUGGAAUUAGGCCUUCUCUACCUCGGAAUGGGCGUUUCCGGUGGCGAAGAAGGCGCCAGAAACGGACCAUCCAUGAUGCCCGGUGGCUCAAUCGAAGCUUACAAAUACAUCGAAGACAUCGUGCUCAAAGUAGCCGCUCAAGUACCCGACAGUGGUCCAUGUGUCACAUACAUCGGGGAAGGCGGUUCCGGCAAUUUCGUCAAAAUGGUCCACAACGGAAUCGAGUAUGGCGACAUGCAGCUGAUUUCAGAAGCAUACGACGUGUUGAAAUCCGUUGGGAAACUCUCUAACGAGGAAUUACACAAAGUGUUCUCGGAAUGGAAUCAAGGGGAGCUUCAAAGCUUCUUGAUUGAAAUCACCGCAGACAUCUUCGGAAUCAAGGACGACAAGGGAGACGGAUAUCUAGUCGACAAAGUGUUGGAUAAAACAGGCAUGAAAGGGACCGGAAAAUGGACCGUCCAACAAGCGGCGGAUCUAUCAAUCGCUGCCCCCACAAUCGCUGCGUCUCUGGAUUCGCGAUUCCUGAGCGGAUUAAAAGACGAACGUGUCGAAGCUGCUAAGAUCUUUAAAUCUGGUGGGUUCGGUGAUAUUUUGGAGACUCAAAAUGUGGAUAAAGAAAAAUUGAUAAACGAUGUAAGGCAGGCUCUUUAUGCUGCUAAGAUAUGUAGUUACGCACAGGGGAUGAAUUUGAUACGUGCGAAAAGCAUUGAAAAGGGGUGGGGUUUGAAGCUGGGUGAGUUGGCUAGAAUCUGGAAAGGUGGGUGUAUUAUUCGAGCUAUAUUUUUGGACCGGAUCAAACAGGCGUAUGAUAGAAACUCUGAACUUGCCAACCUGUUGGUGGACCCUGAGUUUGCGAAAGAAAUGGUGGAGCGUCAGUCUGCUUGGAGGAGAGUUGUGUGUUUGGCUAUUAAUUCAGGGAUUAGUACUCCGGGUAUGUCUUCUAGCCUUGCGUAUUUUGAUACGUAUAGAAGGGAGAGGUUGCCUGCUAAUUUGGUGCAAGCUCAAAGAGAUUACUUUGGGGCCCACACCUACGAGAGGACUGAUGUCCCCGGUUCCUUUCACACCGAGUGGUUCAAACUCGCCAAGCAGAUAAAAAAAAACUAGGUUUUUUUCAGGUAAAAUCCAGUUUAUAAUAAUAAUAAUAAUUUUGUUUCCUCAUUCCCAGAAAUCCCUUUAGAUUUGUCUUGGGUGAGAGAGAGCUUUUGUUGUUGUGUUGUUUUGUUUUGUUAUUAUCUCUUGAACCAAAAUAAUUAAUAUUAUUUGGUAUGAUUUCUGUAAUAUUACUGCUAUUGAAAAUUU